AUGCAUCCACAAGUCAUGCUGAACGACUGGAAAUGUUUUCCGAUCGAAGAGAAGAACAAUUCCACGUCAGUCAUGACGUUGUCUAGUUUUUCAGCAAUCGCCACCGGCGCAUAUGGUCAAAUGAAUCUUGAUUUGGCGGAGAUGGAUGGACCACUGCGCAAAAAGAGUCUAUGUGAGGUUAAUAUGGCCACAUACAAAGUAGCUCAGCAAACGACCAGGGAUCGCUCUUGCCUAAUUCGGCAUUGUGCUGGCUGGGUAUUCAGUCACACGUUAAGUCAUGAUCCUCCUCGACCGCUCGGGGUCACGCAAUGGCACCCUUGCUCUCAGUUCAUCUCUUUCGAGUUUCAUUACCUCUAA